UUCUACAUUCCAAUGCUUUCGCGUCGCAUUUUCCAGCAGCUGACCGAUAGCUUCCUAUACGGAUCCAAUCGACUCGUAGCAGGUCGGAUUUGCUCCGCGUCCAAAUGUACCUCCUGCUCUGCGCGUAGGCAAACCACUCCAAACGCGAUCCGCCACGCUUCGUCCUCGUCCUCGACGAGAUGGAAAUCACGCCAAGGCAACGACUUCUUCGCCCGAGAAGCAAGAGUGCAAGGACUCAAGAGUCGAGCGGCAUUCAAAUUGCUCGAGUUGAAUGAAAAGCAUAAAUUGUUCAAGCCUGGCCAGACGGUUGUAGACCUUGGCUUUGCUCCUGGUUCAUGGUCCCAGGUAGCCGUCAACAGAACAGCCCCAAACGGCCGCGUAGUCGGAAUCGAUCUCAUCCCGGCGCAACCCCCGCGAGGCGUAUCUACGAUCCAAGGGAACUUCCUCUCCCCUACCGUCCAAGCCGAAGUCCGCGCAUACGUCCAAGACCCCGACCUCGGCCGACCACGUCGCCAGAUAUCCUCGCAACAAGACGGUGGGUUCACAGAGGACGAUGUAGAGGAGCUGGAACGGGGCUACAUCGACCUUGAGCGGCAGGCACAUCUGGACGCAGAAGGAGCAGUGGUAGAGGAGGCAACGGAACCAGCGGAGACGAAAACGUCUAUAAAAGCGCCUUCCCAGAAGGAGAGGGAUGCCGGCCAAGGCAGGGUCGUGGAUGUGGUGUUGAGCGACAUGUUGAUGAACACGUCGGGAAUCCCUUUCAAGGACCAUGCGGGGAGUAUGGAUCUAUGCAUGGCAGCGUUGACUUUCUGCUUCGACACGCUUCGCACGGGCGGACACUUCAUGUGCAAGUUUUACCAGGGCUCCGAAGAGAAAGCGCUCGAGACAAAACUCAAGCGCCUGUUUACUAAAGUGCACAGAGAGAAGCCCGAUUCCUCUCGAAGUGCUUCCAAAGAAGCAUAUUUUGUCGCUUUGAAGCGCAAGGAGGCACCGACGAGGGAAGACGUGUUUCGGUAACUCUUGAGCUUUUUUGGAUAGAUUGGUGUUGUCGUCGUUGAAUGAUGUGUACAAGUUGCGAAGCGGGAUUCUAUAGUCGUUAAGGGAGGUAAUUGUAUUAGUAUAUGUAUCAUGGGUUUAAUACGCGGAUUCCUUAAUGUUGUUGACAUGCCUUCGCCCCGGAUAAUUCAGUGGGGUAGUCAGAGUAAAGAAAAUGGAAGAAAGUUAGAAAGGUCUUUUGCACUUAUGCUACCGUGGGUGGUUACAUGGGACUCUGUGAGACGAAGUCAGAGUGCAAAGU